AUGGACCAAGAAAUCCGCUAUACCAAAAUGCUGCGACCUGGUGCGGGCGUGUAUCAAAACUACCUACGAUACGUUGGUCGAAUUAUCCUCUUGUAUGUUCACAGUGUAUAUAUCUCCUACCGCCAAUCCUUUGCCCACCACCCCACGAAAAAGCCGCGAUACAUCGGAGCUUGGAGUGAUCAUGCAGAUUCCUCGUCAACAUCAGAAGAGCGGCGCGGACUCAUGUCUGGUGCUGGGCUCGAAGACGACGGUGACGCCGUUAUCGAAAUGGAUCUCCUUCCACCACGCUGGGUCGAUAUACAAGACGAUGUAACAGAGCUCUUAUCAGGAAUCGCGCAGAAGUCAGCCCGCCUAGAUAAGCUUCACCAGAAGCACGUUUUGCCGGGGUUCGAAGACGAGGAUGCUAGAAAGGAAGAGGAGGGCGUAAUAGAACAGCUGACUCAGGAGAUCACCCGAGCGUUCCAUGAUUGCCAGCGCGCGAUUCAGCGAAUCGAGACUAUGGUGAAAGAACAGAAACAGCACGGGGGAGUCAGCAAGAGUGAUGAGAUGAUGGCAAAGAAUAUCCAGAUAUCGCUUGCAUCAAGAGUCCAGGAAGCUAGCGCCGGUUUUAGAAAGAAGCAGAGCACAUAUUUGAAAAAAUUACGAAGUUUGGAUGGAAUGACGACACCGUUGGAGCUGGCCCCAAUGCACAUUCAAAACCCUUAUAUGGAUCCAUCCCUCAUAGAGUCAGAUGCCGACAAAUCCUAUUCACAAUCAACCCUCCUCCAAACGUCCCAGAAACGAGUAACUAGCAACGAUGCCGCGAUCAUCCAGCGCGAGCGCGAAAUAAAUGACAUUGCACGCGGCAUCAUAGAACUUUCUGAUAUCUUCCGCGAUCUCCAAGCAAUGAUUAUAGAUCAGGGCACAAUGCUCGACCGGAUCGAUUUCAAUGUCGAGCGCAUGAUGGUCGAUGUGAAAGCGGCUGAUAAAGAUCUUACAUCGCAACCAACUACCAACGACGCAGCAUGA